UCGUUAUGAGUAAAUGGUCUUGACGUUUGUUUUGACGCCCCCGGUAAAAAUCUAUAAUGUUAGCUAGCUAGCUAACUACGCUAACGUUACGUGCCAACCGUAAUCUACCUUACUAACAACGAUUAACGUUAACGUAAGCGUUUAGAAGAGGCACCUAGGGACAAUCUGACCUGUCCUAGCUAGUUCAAUCUUCUUCAAGAAAGAAGUUCAUCACAUUGUAUACGUCGGACACAUUUAGCUACUGAUACUGUAAACAGCUAACGCUAGCUGGGUAACGUUAGCAUCACAACAAAAACGCUAAUUUACUAACUUUUACAAAAACUUUCUAGUUCGCUAGCUAGCUAGCUAGCUAGUUCACUGACAUUGGUGUUUGACGAUUUUAUGAUGUGGUGUUUAACUUGUUUUCUUUCCUGUUGAGCAUAUUUCCACUUGAUACAGUUUAUAAUUGACAUUUUACAAUCAUUUGAUCAUUGCCAGGUUGCACUUGAUGUGACAGAAGUUACGUUAGCCUAAAACGAAAUUUAACAACUUUCCGGAAUAAUUUACAGAAUAUUCUCUAAUGGUUGUAUGCUUCUGGAUUGUUUUGAAAUCUUUAGAUUAAGCUCAAUGCAGAUUUUGAAAAGAAAGGCAAGAAAGAGACCUGUCCAGAACUAGAGCAAUUCCUGUGUCAUGUUGCCAAAACGGGGCAGCCAAUGAUCUCGUGGUCACAGUUCAAAACAUACUUUGUGUUUAAGUUGGAAAAAGUCAUGGAUGAUUUCCACGCUUCAACACCAGAACAGAGAGCACCACAUAAUCCCAAUGUAGAUUAUAUUCCCUUCGAAGAGAUGAAGACGAGGAUCUUAAAAAUAGUGAAUGGUUACAAUGGAAUUCCAUUCACCAUCCAGCGUCUAUGUGAACUCCUUACAGACCCCAAGCACAACUAUACAGGAACAGAGAAGUUUCUCAUGGGUUUAGAGAAGAAUGUAAUGGUAGUCAGCUGUGUGUACCCCACAUCAGAGAAAAAUGGGGCAUCCAGUGUAAACAGAAUGAAUGGAGUGAUGUUUCCUGGUAACUCUUCUCUAUAUUCAGACAGUCGAAAUGUAAAUGGACCAGACACACCAAAACCUCUCACCAGACCAAAAUUGUCAUUGUCGGCUUCGCUUUCCACCAACGGGCUGCCUGACUGUGCAGUCAGUAAAGAGCCAGAGCCAACCACAGAGGAGGUGGAGGAGCACCGUAUCGGUGAUUUCUCACCAUCAGAGGGUGAAAUUACGCCAAACAGUGGGAUAAAAAACAAGCACCCCGAGGAGGAGGAGGAUUCUGAUGCUGGUAAACAUGAGGUCAAGAGGCUCAAGUUUGAUGAAAAAGAGGAGGAUGGAACAGAAAGUGAAGAAAACAAUUCGUCUUGUUGUAAAGAGUCAGAGAGCUCGUCGGAAGAACCAGAGUCUUCAGAAGAACCAUGUGGUCAAGAGUUCAAAAGUGGAACAUCUAGUGACACACCUGCUAUUUCAGAGGAUUGUGAGCCCAGCAGCACACAGGCAGAACCUUCUGAAAGGGAAGAAAACUCAUCUGAGAGGGGGGAUGUCCACCGUCUGGAGAAGGACAGCACUGUGGGUCACCCUGAGCAGCCUGCUCCAUCAGAGAAGGGUACAAGCUUUGAGCAGGAACAUGGGGAGAGCAGUAGUAGCAGUAGUAGUAGCAGUAGUAGUGAUGGAGAAGGCCUAGCCAGCGACAAGCAGGUCCCCUCUUCUAGUAGUUCACCUGACUUGUCAACAGAGGGCAACGCCGACAGUUCAAACAGCGCAAAGACUGCAAUAGAGCCUGGGGAACAUGACUAAAUUGAAACCCAGCCUGCCAAUUUUUACACUGUAUGAUACCACGCCAAGGGGUAUAUCUGUAGCACUGUGGACCUGUGGACCAGGAGCGAUGUGAACCUUGAGAUUCUACACAGGGAUCUUUUUGUCUACUUCAAUUUCAAAUACUCCACACAAGUCCACACAUCACCUGGUCUUUAAACUGGAAGGACAUGAUUUAAAGAUUAUGGAGACUUUUUUUUUUUUUUUUUUUUUUUUCCACUGUUGACUAAACAAUUUUCUAAUCUUUUUUUUUUUUUUUCCUGAUUUUUAUAUGAGCGUUAUAAUUUAACCCUGAUAACUGAUGUAUUCAGUAAUUUCAUUAUUCUUAAGUCAUUUGUCAUGCAUUUCCAAAAUGAUAUAUUUGACAGUUUGAGUUGUGUUUUGGCCUAUAGUAUAGUUGUUUUGACUAUUUUUCUGAUGAAUAUGUGUCUCGCCUGUGUUGAAUCGGAACACAUGCCAUUAAGAAUGUGAAGCAACACUUCACAAACUUCUGUGCUUUUUCUGUUAAGCACACAGCAUACAAAUGUAUUUCUUAUUAACAUUAUAUUGCACUUGUUUUCUUGAAGAAUGUGAAAAAUGUCAAAGUUUUGCUUUGUCACUGUAUGAAGACAAUACAAACACACAAUUUGCCAGAAGUUAACCAGUUGGGUUUGAUAGAAUAUUGGUUUUUGGCUUAAGUGAAGCCAUUUCUGCAUCAAAAUCUGUUAAAUGGGCACAAGAUAGUUUUACACUUGUUAUACAUUAGUUAUACAAAUUUCCCUUUUGAUAGCUUGGAUUUUUACAGUAUGCAUCUGUAAAUCCGUUUUUGUAGACUUGUAAUACAUGUCCACUGCCUUCGUAAAACUGAUAAUCGCUGGAAGAUGAAUGCCUGAGCUUGUAUCAUAGUAUUCAUGGAAAGCAAUAAAUACAAAAAAUGUAAACUGUA